UGUGAUGCGAGAGUUGGGCUCUCAGUCAGUGUGGCCAGGAAGAGGCCAGUGUUGCAGGCAGUGUUGCUUCACAGAGACGUGCCCAGCGUGGUUAAACCAUGCUCACUAAGUGGGAGAACGCCUCUGCCCAGGAAACAAGAUGAAGGUAGAGGAGAGGAAGAGCUCCUCUUCAGGCGACAUUCUCUCUGCUGACUUUCCUACGCUCCUUACGUUGGUUGGCCUCCUCCUGCUACUCCUCACAGGCGAGGGGUCAGGGGUCAACGUGACCAGCCAAACCCAGGUAGUGAGGGGCGUCGUGGGCAAAGAGGCCCUCCUGUCCGUCAGCUACACCAGCAGCAGCACAGACAAGCCAGUGGUCAAGUGGCAGCUGAAGAGGGACAAAGUCAAACCCGUCACCGUGGUGCAAUCCAUCGGUACUGACAUCAUCGGGAACCUUCGGCCGGAGUACCGAAACCGCAUCCUGGUAUUUGAGAAUGGCUCGCUGCUGCUUCACAACCUGCAGCUGUCGGACGAAGGGGCCUACGAAGUGGAGAUCUCCAUCACGGAUGACACCUUCACAGGGGAGCACUACAUUGAGCUGACGGUGGAUGUCCCCGUCUCCAAGCCAUACAUCCAGAUGGUGGCGUCGUCUGUCCUCGAGUACAGCGAGCACUUCCACUUGCACUGCUCCCACGACAACGGCACCAAGCCCGUGUACUCUUGGCUGAAAGGAGGCAAGGUGCAGACCAACGACUCUCGCCUGCUGCUGUCGCACGACCAAAAGGUGCUGAGCAUCACGCGGGUCCUCAUGUCGGACGACGACGUCUACGCCUGCACGGUGGAGAACCCCAUCAGCAGCAUGAAAAGCCCCCCCGUCAGGCUCACGGUCUACAGACGGAGCUCGCUGUACAUCAUCCUGUCCACCGGGGGCAUAUUCCUCCUCAUCACCCUGGUGACCGUGUGUGCCUGUUGGAAGCCUUCCAAAAAGAAGCAUAAGCCAGUCCCACAGAGGGCCCCCAUUUAUAUGGGGCAGAGUGAAAACGGCCAUGAUGUCGAUGUUGUACCAAAACCAAGCACGCUCGGUCGAAGGAGCCCCAUGCCCCUCUAUGUACUCAACGAAGACGAGACUCUGGAGCGUUUGGAAGAAAGUUCUAGCAACACUUUCAGCCAAUCAGAAAUCAAUAUCCCUGCUACAUACGUCCCGGUCCUCCCCCCGCACGCCCACAGAACUGAGCAGCCCAUCUGGACCACCCCGCGCAGGUACUCCCGCAGCCCCUCCCCACUGGCGCAGCUCCUCCCACAAGCAGCGCCCCCCGCGGGUCCUCCCUUCACACCCGUCCGCUCGCCGGCCCACUCCCCCUGCUCUUCCCCACGCAGCUUCAGCCCCAUAAGAAAGGUCAGGCCCCCCGUCGGGAUCCCCAACAUCCGCCUGCCCGUGGAGGCCGAGAGUCCCACCCCCAGUGAGAAGUCGCCGGGUCCUCCCCAGCAGUGAUGGCAUGUUGUUGAUCAUGUGUGCUGUAUGUUUCCAAGGAGGUUGAUGCAUGCACGGGCACAGGAUGUUAAGGUUGCAUCAUCAAGUCCUCCAUGGCCACCAGCAAUACUCGUGUAGCCUUCAAUGGCAUCCUGUAAUAUAAAGGUCAUAGGUUACAUGUACGAUGCAGAGCUCUUCCUUUUGGAUGUAUGCUUAAUUUCACCGGGAACGUCUGGUAAGUAGUUUAGGGUUUCCAUUUGUUCCAUUUGUUCUGUCUUUUAAACUGAGAGUGGUCUUAUUGUAUUACUACAAAAUAAAAAACACCACAUUUUGUGAUUUUUUUUGCAAUAAAUGGCUAAUAAUAUAUAAACAUGAAAUUAUUUUACUAAUACUUUAUUGUUUUAUUUUUUUCAUUUUUUUCAAUUUUAUUUAUUUCUUAGGACUGUUAUACAUUUUUAGUCCACAAGAUGUCACUCACAUCCUACUCUUUCACACCUCAU